AUGAGAAUCGCACGUCUCGCGACGUGUGCCCUGAACCAAUGGGCGCUCGAUUUUGAAGGGAACAUCGCGCGCGUGAAGGCUUCGAUCCUCCAGGCGAAGGAAGCAGGAGCGCGCUACCGCGUCGGCCCGGAGCUGGAAAUUCCCGGGUACGGGUGCGAGGACCACUUCCUCGAGGUCGACACCAUCGAACACUCGUGGGAGUGUCUCGCGGAUCUGCUGCGCGACGACACGACUGAUGACAUCUUGUGUGACAUCGGGAUGCCGGUCAUCCACGCGGGGGUUCGAUACAACUGCCGCGUGUUCGUGCUGAACCGGCAAAUCGUCCUCAUCCGCCCGAAGCUCUGCCUCGCGAAUGAUGGAAACUACCGAGAAACCCGCUGGUUCACCGCGUGGCAGCACCCGAAGAAGGUUGAGCAGCAUCGACUUCCGAUGAGCGUCGUCUCGGUGACGUCACAGAACUACGUCAACUUCGGCGACGCCGGGCUGGACUUCUUGGACUCGACCUUAGCGAGCGAAACGUGCGAGGAGCUGUUCACGCCAAACGCGCCGCACAUCCAACUCGCCCUGAGCGGCGUUGAGAUCAUCAGUAAUGGAAGCGGCAGUCACCAUCAGCUUAGAAAAUUGAACACUCGGAUGGACCUUAUCCAGUCCGCGACCGCUAAGGCUGGCGGGGUCUACCUGUACGCGAACCAACGAGGCUGCGACGGAGGCAGGCUUUAUUAUGACGGAUGCGCGUGCAUAGCGGUGAACGGAGAAAUCGUCGCGCAGGGACAGCAGUUCGCGGUUCAAGAAGUAGAGGUCGUCACCGCGGACGUUGACCUGGACACCGUCGUCGGAUUUCGAGGAGCGUUUCAGAGCAUGGCCGUCCAGGCUGCGGGGUGCGAGAAGCACCCGUUAAUUAAAGUGCCGUUCCAACUGUGCUUCGAGAACGGAACAUCGCACGUACCCGACCCACCGCGUCCGGUGCGCUACCACACCGCGGACGAGGAAAUCGCGAACGGACCCGCGUGUUGGCUGUGGGAUUAUCUUCGGCGAUCGGGAGCGAGCGGGUACCUCCUACCUCUAUCGGGCGGCGCGGAUAGCUCAUCGACCGCAGCCCUCGUGGGAUCUAUGUGCCAACUUGCGACAAGUGCCGCGGCGAGUGGUGACGAACGCGCGGCGGCGGACGUUCGUCGCAUCGCUCAGUUAUCCGACGACGCUCCGCUGCCAUCCGCGAAGGAGUUCGCGCAGUACUUAUUCACGACUGUGUAUCUAGGUUCCGAAAAUAGCAGUGUAGACACGCGAAGUCGCUCCGCGUCGCUUGCCGCUGAGAUAGGAUCAUCUCAUCUGGACGUGAAGAUUGACGCCGUCAUCACAGCGGUUGUUUCUUUCUUCCACUCCGUGACGCAGAGGACCCCGAAGUUCAAGGUCGACGGCGGCAGCACCGUGGAGAACCUCGCGCUUCAGAACAUUCAAGCGAGAAUCCGCAUGGUGCUUUCGUUCGUGCUCGCUCAGUUAAUGCCCUGGGUCCGAGGAAAAAACGGGUUCCUCCUCGUUCUCGGCAGCGCAAACGUGGACGAAGGUUUAAGAGGGUAUAUGACGAAAUACGACUGCUCCGCCGCGGACGUGAACCCGAUCGGUGGAAUCAGCAAAGGGGACCUGAGGUCGUUCCUGCGCUGGGGCGCGGUGAACCUCGGAUUUCCCACGUUAGCGUCCGUGGAGGAAGCACCUCCCACGGCUGAGCUCGAACCGAUACGGGAUGACUACGUCCAAAACGACGAGGACGACAUGGGAAUGACGUACGAAGAGCUCGGGGUGUACGGCCGCCUCAGAAAGAUCUCUCGACUCGGGCCUGUGGAGAUGUUCAGGCGCUUACUGCUCGAGUGGAAGGACAGAUUCUCCGUGGACGAGAUCGCGGAGAAAGUGAAGCGGUUCUUCUUCUUCUACUCCGCGAACCGGCAUAAGAUGACGACGCUGACGCCGUCGUACCACGCGGAAAACUACUCGCCGGAGGACAACCGGUUCGACCUGAGGCCGUUCUUGUACAACGUGCGCUGGCCGUGGCAGUUCAGGAAAAUCGACGAGAUCGCUCGUAAAGCGAACGCGGAGAAGGCGGAUUAGACUACGGGAGGAGAGGCGUGACGGAUUUAGCUCUUUGUAAGGACCGGCGCCUCUCGCG